UCGACGAAGGUCAUAGAGAUGGCCGACAGGCCGAAGCUGCUCAGUAUAUAUUGAUGCCUUGUUGCUUGCGGUAAUACAUCUUCCAGAAGCAUAUAACUCCCGCAAACGCGUAAUCCCAUCACUACCAGAACCCUACCCUUUCAUACAACUAGAAACGCAGCAUGGCGAUCAAGGUAGCCAUCAUAGGAGCGGGCCCGGCGGGCUGCAUGCUCGCCCGACUACUUCACCAUAAACAGCCUGCCACUACGCCGCUUGACCAGAAGGUAUCCGUUAUGAUCUUCGAAGGCGAGGAGAGCUUAGACUUCCGCUCACAAGGCGGCACAUUGGACCUUCAUGUCAAGACUGGUCAACUUGCUCUGAGAGAAGCCGGACUCUGGGAGGAAUUUCAAAAGUACGCGCGUUACGAUGGUGAAGCUAUCAAGCUUGCCGAUAAGAACUUCGUUUGCUAUGUCAACAUGGGAGGCGCGAAGCCAAGUAGCACUUCAUCGACGGGAAGACCGGAGAUUGAUCGACCAGUGCUGCGGAAGAUGCUCGCUGACAGCCUGCCUCCUAAUUGUAUUCGCUGGGGCAAGAAGCUGACGAAAGUCGACGAUGAUCUUACUCUUCACUUUGCAGACGGCACUGUCGAGCCGCGCUUCGAUCUUGUGGUGGGCGCAGAUGGGGCGUGGUCUCGAGUAAGACCACUGGUCACGGACGUCAAACCGUAUUUUUCUGGCAUUGGCGGGCACAGCUUCAUUAUCCCCGAUGCGCAGAAUUCGGUGCCGGAGCUAUAUAAAGCUGUCAACCGGGGCUCCCUAUUCUCUUGGUCAGAUGGAAAAGGCAUUUUUGCUCAGUUUAUGGGUGAAGGCUGCAUCAAUGUCGCGACUUGGAGUUUACGACCGGCCGAUUGGCAGAAGACUUGCGGCUACGAUGUCCACGAUGCUGCAGCGGUCAAAGAGGCCUGUCGAAAAGACUACGCGGACUGGAACCACACAUUGAGGGAGUUCACGCAGAUAGGCGAGGACAAUGUCGUUCCCCGAGACUUGUUCAUGCUCCCAAUCGGGCACAAAUGGAAGCAUGUUCCCGGUGUAACACUGAUAGGUGAUGCUGCACAUCUCAUGACUCCGUUCGCCGGCGAAGGGGUCAAUCUCGCAUUCGCAGACACUUUGGACCUUUCUCGCGCCAUCCUGUCUGCUGCUUCAUUAUUGGAGACGGAUUCAAUCAGCGAGCUGCUCGACUCCAAUGUCCAAGCGUUCGAGGUUGAGAUGUUUGUACGGUCAGCCAAGACGCAACAGACGACCUACAAUAGCCUUCAAAUGAUGUUUCUGACACCGGGCAGCCCCCGGUUUGGUAUCGAGGGGUACCUGCUCAACAUUCUAAAGGACGAAAUCGGGUUGGGGAUAUGGAUUGCGACGCCACUCGUAUAUGCCUGGUUCUUCAUCUUCAGACUAAUCUGGUAAUAUAGUGAAGGAUGCUCGAAUGUUUUCGGUGUACAAGCGGCGGUCAUCACGUUUAGCGAGGCGUUUGCAUA